AUGAUGACUAUGAUGAACAGUUUGGCUGCCGGUAUUGGUGAUUUUGGCAUUCCUCGUUUCUCUAGGAAUGGCAAGCUUUUGGCUCCUUGUGGUGGUGGAUGUGGAAUUUUGUGUGAUAAUACCCACAAAUGCCCUGAUUGCAAUGCGCACAUGCAUCCUUUUUGCGGAUUUGAUGUUGGAUUGGCUGAAGGUCAUGGUCAAGCCAGACUGUGUAAUAGUUGCCAACUGAAAAGAACGACACCACCACCGCCGCCGCCGCCACCACCACCACCACCACCACCACCACCACCACCACCACCACCGACUAAUAACGGUAGGAGAACGGUUGCAACUGAAUCCAAUUUGCCUGAGUUGGCCGAAGCUCCGGCAGAGCAAGUUAUUCGGCCACAUCCUCAGUACCAAUCCGCUUUCAUUGGCUUCAUGGACUAUACAUUUAACAGGAAGUUCAACAAGAAUGCCACCUUCAAUCCCAUUGAAAUUAGAAAUUCCAUCAAGCCACACCAUGUGGUUGACUAUCUCCACAAGUUGACAUAUGACAAGCUGGAUGUGAACUACAAAGUUGAUAAUCCUGGAAGACGGUCAAAUGGUAUUCUCCAUAUUAAAAGUGCCAUCUCUCAUUACAUGCCGGAUGACUUUCCUUGGAAUGGACAUUCCGGCAAUCCUACACGAUCCAAACCAGUCAACAAAUUGAUAGAAGCUAUUAGACUAGCAGAAAGGGAAAAACGAGGGAAGAAAUCUCAGGCAAGACGAGAACUCCACGAGGUUGAGUUUCGCAAAACAAUUGAACUCUUACAAUCAACAUUCAGUUUCAUCAAGAGCUGUUUGAUUGUUUGCAUGCUGGUGCUUCAAUUACAUAUUGUAGCUAGGGGAUCCGACGUGUCUCAGUUAUUCAUCAAUCAGAUUAAGUCACAUUCGAAGCAUGACUUUGCCUUGGAAUUGACAGUGGAAUGGUCCAAGAAUGUGAAAGAUGAGCGGGACUGUCCUCCUCAGAUCCUACUAGGAGCCAUGGAUACUCAGUACUGCACUCACCUGGCUUUGGCAAUUUAUUUGGAAGAGGCAAUUGCUCGUGGACGGGCAUGUGCUGGUUUCGACAAAGCCUACCUUUUUACGGAUGAUUUCGAUCCAGAACCACCAGCAGGGCAAACUUGGGAACCAGAGGAGCUCGAGAAGAACAAGAGGAAUUCACCAACAAAGAAGCUUUGCAGUCGGUACCGGAAUUGCCUUAAAUCAAUCUUUGAAAGUGAGGCCUUCCAAGCUAUCUCCAGCACCAUCGGAGGUUUGAUUGGAAGUCACAGCAUUCGAAAAUAUGCAGCUACUCUAGCCAAACGCUUUGGUGUUAGUUUGCGAGAUGUUGAUGGCCGUGGCCGCUGGAAAGGAGACACUGCUACAAAGCACAAGGUCGCAGCUGGCCACUAUGUAUCCCCUGACCAACCUUUUAUUGAUGCCAAUGUUGCCAGAGUUCUUUGCCUCGAUAAUCCUGUGGCUUACCGUAUCCAUUCGCAGGCAACUCAUAUCACAGAUGACUGGCUGAAGGAUCUGGUUCAGAAUCAACGGCAGCACAUGGACCGCCGUUUUGAUAGGAUUGACCGAAAUCUUGCAACAAUCCAGGCUCAGCCACCCCGAAUGGCUUCUCCCGGAAGAAGAGCUCGAAACUUUGCCAAUCUUGGAUUGGUAGAAAGAAGAGACAACAAUGGUAGACUUAGAAGGGAGCGUUUGACUACUGCAGUGGAUGAUCGCCCAGCGAGAAUUACCAAAAAUCUGAAAACAGUUGGCGCUAUCUGGCAAGAGUGGUCUACAGGUAUCAAUGGCUGCAAGCCAGUCAAGGAUUGGAUUCCGGCAGAGCAAUCGCUUCCUGGCAACAAUACAUACUACAGAAGAAAGGGGUUGUACUUGAUGUUGAAUGACCUAGUAUCCAACCGGGUGACUGCAGGUGCAGCAAUCGGUCUCAUUGAAAAGCUCUACCCCAGGGCAAAAAUUCUAGAAAUAUCCAAAGAUCUCAAGAAGAGAAGAGACGAAAACAACCUCCAAAAAGAGCUGAAGAAUGCCUUAGGAAUUAGAUAA